GUUGGUAGACAACACACACUAAUAACGGAUAUACAUGAGAAACGAAUUGUAUUGCAGCCAUGUUUUUUAAAUAGGUAUAUGGUAUGUAGUGUAUCGAGUACACUUAAGAAAUAUGGCAAGUUUUUCAAGGCAUGACACAAACAAAGUGUGUUGUUAUGCACAUCCAGAUGCACCACUUAUCGAAGAUCACAGAGCUGGUGAUCAGAUAUGUUCAGAGUGUGGAUUAGUAGUGGGUGACAGGGUCAUAGACGUAGGUUCAGAAUGGAGGACGUUUAGUAAUGAAAAAGCUGGUGUUGAUCCGUCCCGUGUUGGUGGCCCUGAGAAUCCUUUACUUAAUGGUUCAGAUUUGUCUACCAUGAUUGGACCUGGAACUGGUGCUGCUUCUUUUGAUGCUUUUGGUGCUUCCAAAUAUCAAAAUAGACGUACAAUGAGUAGUUCUGACAGAGCAUUAAUCAAUGCAUUUCGUGAGAUCAAUGGAAUGGCAGAUCGUAUUAAUUUACCAAAAACCAUUGUAGACAGAGCUAAUAAUCUUUUUAAGCAAGUACAUGAUGGGAAAAAUUUGAAAGGACGCGCCAAUGAUGCAAUUGCAUCAGCUUGCCUGUAUAUUGCAUGUAGACAAGAGGGAGUACCACGGACUUUCAAAGAAAUUUGUGCCGUUAGCAAAAUUAGUAAAAAAGAAAUCGGCAGAUGUUUUAAGCUGAUAUUGAAGGCACUGGAAACGAGCGUGGAUCUCAUCACAACAGGAGACUUCAUGUCAAGAUUCUGUUCCAAUCUUGGUCUUCCAAAUAUGGUACAAAGGGCUGCAACGCAUAUUGCUCGAAAAGCAGUAGAAAUUGAUAUUGUACCUGGAAGAUCACCUAUUUCAGUAGCUGCAGCUGCAAUUUAUAUGGCAUCACAAGCUUCGGAAGACAAGAGAUCACAAAAAGAAAUUGGAGAUAUUGCAGGAGUUGCAGAUGUUACGAUCAGACAGUCUUACAAGCUCAUGUAUCCGCAUGCAAGUAAACUAUUUCCAGAAGACUUCAAAUUUGCAACGCCUAUUGAUCAGUUACCACAAAUGUGAAUUGGGCAAUAUCAUCCUCUCUUUGAGCUUUUGGUAUAUAUUUUACUUAUCGCUAGAAUACUUUCGUGUAUAAUAAUAGUGUAAUGAAUAUAACAUUUUUUUAUAGCAUACAUUCCCGGAAUAAUUAGAUGCUAUACAAUUCUUAUUCUUUUCUCGAAUGCCAACUAAAUUAUGAAAUAUGUGAGAUUCCUUUUAGGGUAAUUUAAUUCAAUUAACUUCCUAAUCAGCAAAAUAAUCUAUAACUUAGAUUAUAUUUAAUUCGAUUUUCCAUGCACAUUGGACACGUGCUAAUGAAUAUAUUCAUAAGAUAUUUUACAUGGUCUAUAUGACCAAAGCAAAUUUCACUCUAUUUAGUGAUUAUCCAUCAUAAUAAUAUAUAAUAAUAAUGUAUUUAUGAACAUGCUGAAUAUUUAAUUUUGAAAAGACAAUUCUAGUAACGUUGUUAGAAUUAUUGUAAAAUUGUUCUAUAUAAAUUAUAUAAAAAAACUUUCAUUUUGAUGGGCCGUUCAAUGUGCAAAAAAUGUAUAUAAUUUUUAUUUAUAUUUAAGAGAUGGUAAUAUGUAUAAUGGGAGUAUCAAUGUGCUAUGUUAGAUGAAUAUAUAAAGAAAAUGUUAUUCGUUUGUCGAAUUGGUAAUAUUCUCCAGCAACUUGUACCUGACAUAAUUAUCAUUACAGAGUAUGCUGGUAAUUAUAUUAUAUUUUAACAGACAUCCGUACAACAGCACAAUGAUUCUCUGUUAGAUUUUUUAUGAAGCACCAAAAAAGGAGCGUUUGUUGCCUUAUCUGUAACGUAAGAAAAACUUAGUAUUAGAAGUAAUUGUACGAUAUAAUUGACUUUGGAAACAUAAUAAAGAUAACAUAAUAUUUUAUCGAA